CCAGAAAGAAUCUAUGGGAAGAAGCGUCUGCUACUGGAAGGAAAUUCUGCUUAGCUUGAAAACUAUCAAAAAGCACAGAAGUAUUCCUGAACCUGCUGAUGCUCUCUUCAAGCAUUUCCACAGUGUGGACAUCCAGGUCCUCCAGGUUGCAGCCUGUGAAGAAGAGGCACGUGUGGCUUUUGCAACGCUGGGUGCAGCUGAAGGCAAAACUGAUGAUGCUUUAUUAGCCUUUGAAGCUGUUAACACUGCGGUUUCGCACUGGAACCUAUGCACUCUUGGUCAAAGAAAGGCAGAGGAGGUUGAGAGUGAUGGUGUGCUACCAGAGGAACAAGAAGAACGCAGAGCCUGUCUUGUUGAAAGGCAGCACUGCCUGAUGAAGAUCACUGAGGAAAGCUCCUCUGACCCGUCAGUAGCUGCCCAACUGCCGGUAUCUGUUAGAGCUGUGACGGAAAUGCUGGAGGCAGUGAUCCGGGAGCCUGGGGAGAACGGUGAGGAGGGAAGUCUUGCCUCCAGAAACAUCUCACGAGCUGCGCACGUGGAAGUGAAAGAUGCAGUUCCAUCACCCAAGAAGUUCUCUUUCUCACCAACUAACACCUACCAGCUCUAUUAGCCGGUUACUCUUUUAGGGAAGUGUUCCUUUUGUGUAAGAAAAUCCAAGUUCAGUAAGCUUUUCUUAUUUUCUUUGCUCAGACUCUCCUUCAGU